AUGACUGAUAAAAAUUUUUCAUUAAAUUAUGAUAUGACACAAAGUAUAUCAAUUGAUCCAUCGGCACUUUUAACAACAUCAACAAUAAAUGCAUUACAUUUUCCUGAUUUAACAACAUCAGGAAUAUCAGAUUCGGGUGGUGGUGGUGGUCGAAUAACAAAUUCUAAUCUUGAUGGUAUUGGUAUGUGUGAAUCCAUGACUGAAAGUUUUUGUUCAAUAACUGGACCAGAUGAAACGAUAAUAGCUAAUAAUACAAAUGGCCUUCACAAUGAUACAUCAACAACGCAUAAUUUAAAAAGUAUUGGAAAAAAAGAAUCACUAAAUGCUCAAAGAAAAAGACGUUCACGUAAAGCACAACAUGAAGCAUCAAUAGAUGGAUUAUCACUUGAUAAAAUUGAAACUGUUCAUCUUGAUGAUGAACAUAAUGAACCUGAUGAUGUUUGGUUAUUUCAAAUACCCGGAAGUGGAAAUAAAAAUAAUUCAACAUCAGAAAAUAUUUUUUCUUGGGUACAUAAAGAAUUUAAAGAAAAUGAUAUUAAUGCAACUAAGCAUCGAUUACUAUGUAAACUUGAUGAUAUGUCACAUGCUCGUACAAUACGAAGUGUUUCAUGUCACAAUUUUGCUCCUUAUCAAACAUCGGAUAGUGUAAAACGAAGUUCAACAGAACAACAAGUUCAUCCAGGUAUAAAUAUAAAUGAAAAUAAAUUUAUUCUUCAUCCUCAAAUAUCUUCAACUGAUUUACUUGAAAAUGCUCUUUAUCUAACUGAAAUUUUUACAUUAUCAUCAAAAAAAUUACAUUUAUCUACAAUAAGUUUGGAUAGUAUUGAAAAAGAUAAUGAUCCAUUUGAUUUAUUUCUAUAUGAUUCACUUAAUGAUGAAUCAUCUGAUGACGGUGAACAAUUUUAUGAUUGUUCGAAUGAAACAAAUUUAAUUCAAACAAUUACAAAUGAACGUCGAUUAAUUGAACAAUUAACACGUCGAUGUUCAUCAUUAGAUAGUCUUGAUAAUUAUGAUAAUACAUUAUCUCGUAGUAAACCUGUUACAAAUGUUAGUCGAAUGAUUUCUCCAUUACGUACAAGUACACCUGUAUUUAAUAAUAGUGGAAAUACUCGACCAACAUCACCAACUAGUUCAUCACCACUUCGACAUACUAUUACAAUUACAAAUAAUACUGUACGUUCAAGAGAUGCAUCAAAAGAACGUGAAAGAGAACCAUUGGAUUAUACGGAUCUUGAAGUAAUGGCUAAAGUACAACUUGAAAAUUUACGUCAAGCUGAACGACAAGGUCCAUUAUCAAAACGUUUCGGAGGCAGUUCAAAUACUUUAAUAAAUACAGAUUCACGUGAUGUUUCACCUUCAUCCGUUUUUGGUGGUACACGUAAUACAAGUCCUGUUGGUAAUAAUGGUUAUUUAACACCUCGACGUGGUUAUUCACCAAAUCCGGCUGCUACUGCCGGUGGACGUAUACCAAUACGAAAAAAUUCAUUUAUUGUAACUGAAUCUCAAUAUACUGAUGUAUUACCAUCGGUUUCACCACGAUCGACAUCACCAGCUAUAAGAACAGGUCAAUGGAGUGGUCGUGUGACACCAUCUGCACUUGAAACUUGUAUGGAAACAUCAUUUAUACUAUCUGAUAGUCCUUUGCAGUGUUCCUUGUUGCCUAAUAAUGCUGACAAUACGUUUGUCAAUAGUGCACCAGGUCGAUUAUCACAUACUAACGUGUAUAUAACUUCUUUUUAA